UCUCCCUCUCUCUCUCUCUCUCUCUCUCUCUCUCUCUCUCUUCACUUUAUCCAUCGUUUCACUCUUUCACUGUCUCACAGACAAAGUCCUCUUCUUUCUACUCAGCUCGCUCAUUCUAGGGUUUCUCUACAUGUAUCAGUUCAGUAGUAGCAUGAAUCGGCUCACAACCGCAGCGUGAUCUUGGAAGAUUCUGAUUUCGAGCCCUCGAAAUCGGUAAAUGCCAGAUGAUCUGAGAAAAGUUUGCUCCCAGCUGGGCUUUUCCGCACCUUCAGAAUCGGCGACUCCCGUAUCUCCCAGCUGUCGGUGCUUGUGUGUUGCAUUAAACUCUUUUUGGGCCCAUCAACUACCUCACAGGUUGCUUUUGUUAAUCUCUAUGUUGCCAGAGGGUUAGGGAAGUUAUGGAUUAUAUAAAGACUGUUACUCGUCUUAAAGGUUCUCUUUGCCAUCAUUUUCUAUUGUUUACGAUCUGGUUAUCGAGUUUUCAAGAUGUAGUGGCACUGGAAAUUAAACCUGAUUCAAAUCACGUUUCUUUCUCGCGUGAGCUUGCCAGCCCACCUAAUAGCGAACUCUUUCAACCAAUAGAAAUAUCACCUGCUGUUUUUCCACAUCAUCCUUUUCCUAUGGGACCUCUGCCUCCCAUGUACCCAACCUUUCCACCUACAUUUGAUCCAGUAUUGACUGGAAAAUGUCCUGUAAAUUUCUCUGCUCUUUCUAGUAUCAUGGACAAAACUUCAUCUGAUUGCUGUCAACCUUUGGCUUCUUUCGUAGGAAAUGUUAUAUGCUGCCCUCAGUUCAGUAGUCUUCUCCGCAUAUUCAAGGGACAUUAUAGCACCAUUUCUGAUAAAUUAGUUUUACAAAAUACAACUGCUAAUGAUUGUUUUUCAGAUAUCAUUAGUAUACUAGAAAGCAGAAUGGCAAACAGUUCAAUACCUACCAUCUGCUCUGUGAAGCCAUCAAAUCUUACUGGUGGGUCUUGUCCUGUACGUGAUGUUAGCACAUUUGAGAAGACAGUUAAUACAAGCAAAUUAUUGGAGUCUUGCAGCAGUGUUGAUCCUCUUAAAGAGUGCUGCAGACCAAUUUGCCAGCCUGCAAUUAUGGAGUCUGCACUUCAGCUUUCAGCUAGACAAGCACUGGUGGGUGGUAAUAAAAAUAUAAUUGGAGGACCUAAUCAUGUGGAUGCUCUUAAUGAUUGCAAAGAGGUGGUCUAUUCGUGGCUUGCCCGGAAACUCUCUCUAGAUGCUGCCAAUAGUGCAUUUCGAAUAUUAUCUUCCUGUAAAGUCAACAAAGUUUGUCCAUUGAAUUUCAGGCAGCCAACAGAAGUAAUUGAAGCAUGCCAUAGUGCAGCUGCUCCAAGUCCUUCGUGUUGUAGCUCAUUAAAUACUUACAUUGCGGGCAUACAGAAGGAAAUGUUGAUUACAAACAAACAAGCCAUAAUAUGUGCAACUGUGUUUGGCUCCAUGCUCCAAAAAGGUGGGGUCAUGACAAAUGUUUAUGAGCUUUGCGAUGUUGACUUGAAGGAUUUUAGUCUUCAAGCAUAUGGACAGCAAGGUUUUGUAUCAUCUGCUGCAGGUUGUUUGCUAAGAAGCUGGCCUGCAGAUAUGGUGUAUGACAAUACUACAGGCUUCAGUUUCACAUGUGACUUGAGUGACAAUAUUGCAGCUCCAUGGCCGUCCUCAUCUUCUAUUACAUCCUUGUCACUUUGUGCUCCUGAGAUGUCAUUGCCUGCACUGCCAACAUCCGAGACUCUAGGAAGUCCUGGCUAUCGAAGUGGAGGAACCGAAUUCCUUGUACCCAUUCUUUCAUUUUUUGUUUUCAGUACAUUGUUAUACUGAAAAUGGAGGUAGUCAAGGGCUGAUCUGGGCCGAAUGAGAUGCUUUGGGGAAGGGACUUUCUUGUGCCCUGAUGUUGAUGUAUAUUUUGAGCUUCUCUCUCUUGUAUAGUUGUUUCUCUCCUGUUUCUUUUCUUUUCUUUUUGAUUAUCCAUUCUUGAUUCAUGUAGUUCUGAACCUAUUAUGAAGGUGGCUUGAUGUUUCUAACUAGAGAGGCCUCCCCUUACCCUUGUGGAUGGCAUCUUUUUCUUU